AGCCCCAGUCACAUCCAUGACCUUCUGUCCAGCCCCCUCUCCUGCCCCUACACCCUGCAUCCCCCCAGACAACAUGCACCUAGUCAGUCACAUCCCUGACCUUCUGUCCAGCCCCCUCUCUUACCCCUACACCCUGCAUCCCCCCUGACACCAUGCACCUAGUCAGUCACAUCCCUGACCUUCUGUCCAGCCCCCUCUCCUGCCCCUACACCCUGCAUCCCCCCAGACCCCAUACACCUGCUCAGUCACAUCCCUGACCUUACAUCCAGUUCCCCUCGCCAACACCUGCCUAGCACCAUCAUAGUCUUCUGUUAUAUUUCAUUACUUUUAAUCCUGACCCUCACAUUCCCCUACCCUCCCCACUGUGUGUUUUUCUAUAUCUUACUUUUAUUUCUGUUGCCCACUGUUGGCCUCUUGUACCCAGAGCUAAAUACCUCUCUACAGCCCAGACAUCACUUUCAAACCUUGGCCACUUUCUUCCAUACACUCCCAGUCUCUUCCCUUUCAUACUUAACUUUCCAGCAAAUAUCCCAGAUCCACUGCUUCUGCCUGUGACUUACAUCAAAGGCACAGAUGUAUAUGUAAGCAGCCCGUACAAUCACCCUCACUCUUGAAGAUGCCACGCUGGACUCCCCAAGAACGAGGAAGGGCAGAUACACAGGUCUCUGGCAGGAGAGGUUUAAGGGACUGAUGCAAGUCUACCCAGCCCUGAGGAAAAGAUUCGAUCAUCUGCAGGUCUCUGGUUUGGAGACUGCAGCAGCACUUCCCUUCAAUCGAGCUGAGAACUUUCAAUUACUACCCCCCCUGCGCAGCCUUUAUCCCUGCGCGAUCACUGCCCCAGUCACAGCCCCUUUAACAAUUCCAAAAUACUGCCCCCUAAAGGAUGGGAGCAACCACACUGCUCUCUACCUUUGUAUUGCUACCUGCUAUUCCUUUAUUAGUUUCCCCCCCCUCCAUAUACAUUGAGCACUACCUCGCUGCUCUCUAUUUAUUGCCCCCUUAACAAAGCAAACAGAGCUACCUCUCUGCUAUUCUUUAUUGCCCCCUUAACAAUCCACACAGAGAGCUACCUCUCUGCUAUUCUUUAUUGCCCCCUUAACAAUCCACACAGAGAGCUACCUCUCUGCUAUUCUUUAUUGCCCCCUUAACAAUCCACACAGAGAGCUACCUCUCUGCUAUUCUUUAUUGCCCCCUUAACAAUCCACACAGAGAGCUACCUCUCUGCUAUUCUUUAUUGCCCCCUUAACAAUCCACACAGAGAGCUACCUCUCUGCUAUUCUUUAUUGCCCCCUUAACAAUCCACACAGAGAGCUACCUCUCUGCUAUUCUUUAUUGCCCCCUUAACAAUACCCUCUGAGAGCCAUUGCUGAAUACCACCCAUACACGUUCAGAGCUGCCGUUCUGGUCUCAGCAGGAUGUGUAGAGUUAGAAUGACGGCUCUGAGUCUGCAGAGGUUGUACAAAAUUAUUAUGGAGGCACAAUGCGACUUUCCCUCUACCUGUCCCAUAUAUCUAGUUGUUAUUUAUUUGUAUCUGUAUCUCUACUGCUUCGCUCUCGCACUGCACUCCGUACAGACUCGUUUCUCGCACUGCACCUCUUACAGACCCGUUUCUCGCACUGCACUCUGUACAGACCCGUUUCUCGCACUGCAUCUCUUACAGACCCGUUUCUUGUACUGAACUCCCCCUACGGGCCCACUUCUCGCAUUCACUGCACCCUGCCUCUCACACUACCCCACUACCUCACUAGUAUGCUGCUAAUGACCUGAUAGUCACACUGCAUCGUUUACACACAGCAACCUCUACUACCGCUUUCCAUAGCCCCUCUACAUUCCCUGUGCCGGCCAUAGCCGUAUUCUAUAUCCCGGCUAUCAGACUGUUUCACACACUACAUACCUUAGUAUAACUGUACUGAUUUACCCAGGCAGGUUCUCUGCUUGACUGUACAGAAUCCUCUUCUAUGAAUAAUGUGACUGUCUUUCUGUGUGCAUCGCUACUGUUUGUUCUGUCCACCUACACUGCUCUGCUCUUCCUGUCUGUCCUGUCCUCCUACAAUGCGGCUAUUCUUUGCUCUCCUAAAACAACCAUGCUGUCUUUUUUUUGUAUUGUGUGCUGUCGUCAUCCUUCUAUGUCCUCUAUUCCACGGCUGUCCAGGUUUAAGCCUAGAGGGCCGCUGUCAAAAUGGGUUGGGGGGGGGGGGGAUUCAUUUGAGAAAUCCUUGUCUAGGAUUUUGGCACUCAAGGCCUGUUUGGACAAGCCCAUUCUACUGACCUCAUACCACCACACACUGCGCUUGCUGCUAUUCCUCCACUAAUCCUUUCUGUGUUGCCCACAGGAUACCUCUUUGGCCCAGCUGUGAUCUCGGUAUUGUCCUCCCUGACGUGCCACCUCCUGACCUUUGACGACACCGCUCUCUCUGUGGUCCAGAACAUCAUGCUUUUUCCGCUCCUUCUUUUCAACUUGUGAAUGCUGGCACUGAUUGAAACGCAGUCUGGAUGUAUCGCCCACAGGACCAGUUUGGCUCCCGAUUUCCCCGCGAUCCCUUCAACAACGGAAUCAACACAGCAUGGAACCCACCCCACCCCAGAGCCUGGGCUCCAGCGGGCAGGUGUCCUUCCAACAUCAACCAGUCACAGCUGCCUCCUCAUCUGCCCGCUAAUCAUGUGACGAGCAUAGGUCAUCCCAGCAAGCCCUACUUUCCUCUAGGUUCUCCUCCUGGCCCGCGGCUAGGAAAGUUGGAGCGCGUACACUCCUGCGUGCAGACCCUCCUCAGGGACGAGCAGCAGCCACAGAUUUGGGAGCAGCUUGGCCAGAUUUAUGAGUCUGAGCAAGAAUGGGAAGAUGCUGUGCGCUGUUACCAAACCGCUGCACGGUAUCAUGGCGGCUACGAGCUCACUGCUCACAUCUCCCGGCUUCAACAGACUCACCUUUGGAACUUGCACUCCCCGCCCCAUCAUCGCCCAAAAUCUCUGCCACCAUUGCAACAAGUCUGGGAUCUCAUGCAACAUGAGCAGAAGAGACAUUUUGUGGGGAAGAGGGGCCCCCCACAGCUGAAGCGUGCUGUCCCCCCACCUGACUCGUCAGGUCUCCAGUCACCUCCCCACAACCCCCAUGGAGGAGAAGAGCAGCCCAUGAAAAGGAGACGUAGUGGGAGCCCUGAGCAGCAGAGGAGGGGAUCACACAACCUGCACUCCCCUCCUGCCGCUGGGAGUUCUGGGAAUUUGUACCAUCAGGCACCUACGAAGCCUAAUGUCUGGAAUCCUCUUACUCACGAGUCUUGGAACGAGCGCAGGGAUAGGCAGCAGGAACCUCGUCUGCCUCCCCAUGUUUCAUCGUAUCCACCAUAUUGUCCUCCUCGUCCACCACCACUUCACCAGCAGCCCCGUCCUCAAAGUGACCUUAGUGAUGCUAGAGGUCAGAGGUCGCCUGCAGAGGUCAUCCCUCCAGUACCACCACCUCUCCAUGUGCCUUAUGACCAACGAAGACCCCGCUUACCACCACCACUGAAGACCUCUAGACCUGAACUACCCCCUUCUUCCGAUCGCUACCAGAGCCCCGUGAAUACUCCAACCAGAAUCUGCCCCCCUCCUCCGGAGCAGCCAGACCCCCCGAAACCAGUCUGUGCAUCUCUCCAGCCCCAGCCAUCCCCUGCCUCCUGUCCUCCCCCACUCCAGCAGAGCUGGCUGCCAGCCCCGAUCAAGGAGGAGGUGAAGAGGGGGGAUGCACUGGAGGAGAUACUGUAUGGAGAGAAGCCUGGGGGGGUCAAACGGGAAGGAUAUUUCCCGUCUUGCGAUACCCAAGGGGGGGGCAGUGUAUACGAGCAACGAACUCAGGGCAUCACCACCAGCAAAGCCAGGCCAGGAUCUGAGGCCUUCCAGGCUGCAAGCCUGGAUCAUGUACUCAAGACCCUGCAAAAGAUUGAUGACCCUGUGUUAUUUGCCCCAGAAAAUAAAGAAAAGGAAAUUAGUGAAGGAGUAAGAAAGCAUCCCCGGGCCCCAGAAAUUGAGAUCAGUGGGAACAAACCAAGUCAUGGACUUUCUAGGGCUGAGGCCAGCUAUUCAGGCAGAAAGGGGUCACCAGUGCAAGAGGACAACACCUCGUUUGGCCCUUCUUCUGCCCCUCUCCUGAAAGAUACCUCAGGGAGCAUGCGGGUAUCGGGUUCUGCUUCUCCAGGGACACCACAAGUUUCAAAUGUUAACAGCAAAUCUCUAAGCCCAAAUCCAGACUUGUCUGAGAGCAAGGGAGGCUGCAGGCCUGAGAAGUCACCCACUGGAUGUAGCCAGCUCUUUGAUUUUCCUGGAGGGCAAUUAUCUGAGCAUUUUGAGGAGCCCUCUGAGUUUGCAAAGAUUUUGCCUGAUGGACUGGAUGAUAUAAUGAAAAUGUUGGAUGAGUCGAUCGAGAAAGAAGAAGUUGGUGGUAACUCCAGUGGAGAGGACUAUCUCUCUCCUGCCUCCUCCUCCUCUUGCCCCACAGCAGAAACCAUUUCAGAUACCCAACCUGCCAGUUCCAUGCAAAACAGCGUACUUAAUGCUCCUGUGCAAGGAGCAAAAAUGGCAGAAGUGAGGCCUAGCGAGUUGUUCCCCUACUAUGGUCCCAAGAAGGCAAUCUUGGGACAGGAAAGUGGCAAUGAAGGGAGGCCUGCACAGCAUGGGGGCAAUAGUGUUCUUAAAUCACUUGCAAGUGUUUUAGAAGGGCAGAAGUAUUCCUACCGCGGUGGUGCAAGCCUGAAGGCAGGAGGUGGCUCGGCCUACUUUACUGGUGCUAUGGUGGGCAAGCGUAAUGACCCAUACACUGCGCAAUCUACCUCACGUCGGGCCUUGGAGGGAAAAGUGGUAAUUGGAGCACCUCCUACAUCAGAAGUCACAGGGCAAGGGAUCUUGGGCAAGAGGACAGGUGUACGAACCGAAACAGAUAUUCUGGAAGAUAUUUCACGAGCUUGUGAAACUCUAGUCGAGGGAUCAAAAGUGUCUGGGUGUAGCAGGGUGGAGGAAGAGCGAGUUGUUGAGAAAGGUGUAAGGAGACCUGAAGUGGUUACCGAAAGAAAGUCAGACAAACACAGGGUGGCAGAUAAACCAGAUGAUGUAGCUAAAACCAACACUAAAAUACCUUGGGGAGCUAUUAAACAGGAAGCAGUAGUUGAGAAGAAGCUGGAAGCACCCAGGGUGGCCGAGCAUAAGGAAGGGCCUGUUGAAAAGAAACCCGAUGCACUUAGGGUGGCAGCUAAAACCGAUGCAGUUAUUGAAAGGAAGCAAGAGAAACCCUGGGUGGUGGAUAGAGUGGAAGGGACUGUUGAGAGGGAUUUAAAGAUGUCAUUGAAGGUAGUUGAGAAAAAGAGCCUUGCCAGUCCAGUUGUUUCUUCCCCUAGUAAGAUUCACAAAGAACAUUCAGUUCCACAAAGGACAACUGUAAGUGAAGUUACUAAGGCAGAUGGAGUGCUUGGGAGACUGCAAGAAUUAAUUGAGAGCCAGUCCCCAAAGAAGGCAACAGAACUAAAAGUAUCCCAGGUGGGAGUAAGCGAGAAUUGUUCUUCUGAGCUAGUAAAGAGAAGAGUGGAAAGCGAGAGUAUGAAGUCUCCAGCAGAGGUACCCAAAGCCGAGGCUGAAGCUGAAGGCAUUAGAGUAGCGGAGGCAGAAAGGCCCCAUGAGAGGCUGACCAUUUCCCUGCCAGCUCCUCCUCGGAUCAAAGAGGAGGGCAGGAAGAAAGAUAGGAAGCACAGGAAGUCUAAGAGAGACCGUAGCAGGAGGGCUAAAGAGGGACGAUCUCAGAAGGACAAAGAGAGGCAGAUUUUGGGUAACUUGGACCUUCAAAGUCAGUGUAGGGACACACCAAAAGCUUCUCCAAAGCAAGCAACAGGUGGUGAAAGGAGGAAAUCAGAGGUAGGUCGGAGAGCAGAAGAAGGACAUCAUCAACCUACACCCCCUGCUGCCCCGGCUACUACACUUCCCCCACCUUCCAAUGGGAGUGUAACAUCUGACCUCUUGAAGAUGAGACCGUUCAUGGAGGGUCCACCAAAGGAGCUGAAAAUUCGACUGAUCAAGGUAGAAAGUGGAGACAGAGAAACCUUCAUCGCCUCUGAAGUGGAAGAGAGGAGGUUGCAAGCUAGUGAGCUGACCAUUAACCACUCGGCUGCAGAAAUUGUCAGAGCCAGCAAAAAUAUGGUGCUCAAGGGCAAAUACAAGGAAUCCUACCUCCUGCCAUCAAUGUCUGUGAAACCCCCCAUGGGAACAGAGCAAAAUUUACCCAGAGAGAAACUCAACCCUCCUACACCCAGCAUCUAUUUGGAGAGUAAGCGCGAUGCAUUUUCUCCUGUUCUGCUUCAAUUCUGCACCGAUCCCAAGAAUCCGAUCACCGUUAUCCGCGGAUUGGCAGGCUCCCUGCGGCUAAACCUCGGCCUGUUUUCCACAAAGACCCUGGUAGAUGCCAACGCAGAUCACUCUGUCGAGGUUCGCACUCAGGUCCAGCAGCCAUCCGAUGAGAACUGGGACGCCUCUGGAACGAAGCAAAUCUGGCAUUGCGAGAGCAGCCGUUCACACACCACCAUCGCCAAAUACGCCCAGUACCAGGCAUCAUCUUUUCAGGAAUCUCUACAGGAAGAUAAGGAUAGUGAUGAGGAGUCUAACGAGCCAGAUAGUACCACAGAAACCCCACCCGCCAGCACAAACAAUGAGCACAAAACCCCACAUAUCAUUAAAUUUGGAACCAAUAUUGACCUCUCUGACCCCAAAAGGUGGAAACCUCAGCUGCAGGAACUAUUAAAGUUACCAUCGUUUAUGCGUGUCACAUCCAAUGGAAACAUGCUAAGUCACGUUGGGCAUACGAUUCUUGGCAUGAACACGGUUCAGCUGUAUAUGAAGGUUCCAGGCAGCAGGACUCCAGGUCACCAGGAGAAUAAUAACUUUUGUUCUGUGAAUAUAAACAUUGGGCCGGGCGACUGUGAAUGGUUCGCUGUGCACGAAAAUUACUGGCAGAAUAUCAGCACUUUCUGUGACCGGCACAAUGUGGACUAUCUGACUGGCUCCUGGUGGCCAGUCCUUGAAGAUCUGUAUCGCUCGGAUAUUCCGGUGUAUAGGUUUGUUCAGCGCCCCGGAGACCUGGUGUGGAUUAAUGCUGGAACUGUUCACUGGGUGCAGGCUACAGGCUGGUGCAACAACAUUGCAUGGAACGUGGGGCCUCUGACACCGUAUCAGUAUCAGUUGGCCCUGGAGCGGUUUGAGUGGAAUGAAGUUAAGAACGUGAAAUCCAUUGUCCCAAUGAUCCAUGUGUCGUGGAACGUGGCAAAGACCGUGAAGAUUAGUGAAAUCGAUCUCUACCGCAUGAUCAAGUACUGUCUCUUGCAGUCUAUCAAGCGAUGUCAGGUGCAGAGGGACAGCUUGAUACGGAGUGGAAAGAAGAUCUCUUAUCAGGGCCGAGUGAAAGACGAACCCGCCUAUUACUGCAAUGAGUGUGAUGUCGAAGUGUUUAAUAUCCUGUUUGUGACCAGCGAGAGCGGAGGGAAGAAUACGUAUCUUGUUCACUGCGAAAGCUGUGCUCGUACCGCUUGUAACAACAUGAACAACGUGGUCAUACUCGAACAGUACAAGAUGGAAGAACUCAUGCACAUCUACGACAACUUCAACCUGGCCUCGUCUCCAAGCACACGGUGAGCUUGUGCCCCCUCCUCCGCUGUUCCAACUGCAGCGUCACCCCCCCUUCUUUAAAUACCACCGAGCCAGCCAAUCAAAUCUUCCCUCUCAUUCAUCCUGUACCAGGGUGAUGGGGGAUGGUGCUAUCCAACCAGCAAUUCACAGAUGAGAGCCAAGGAAUUGGGGGGGGUUGGAGGGGAGCCAAUCAUGGAUCGGCAGCUCUUGUCUCUCUCCAGCCAAUCACAGGCCUUGUUUACACAGAUCCCGUCCCAAUGCGGGAACAGCCAGUCAGGAUGCAGGAUUCUACUUGUCCACAUUGAUUAUUUUAUUUUAGUUUUUUGUACUUUUUAUCAGGAAUAUUUAUUCUGAAAUCUUGAAUUUGUGACUUUGGGGAGGGUGGAUUUUAUUGGGGGCUGUAUUAAUUUGUGGGGUAACUUUUGUGAAUGGGGAUUUUGUUUUGGGGGGGGUGGGAGGGAUUGGACGUUCGGGUUACUGAGUGGACUUUAUUUUUAAAGAAAAUUUUAAAUUAAGUUAGAGUGGUGCUCUGAUUUUCAAACUUGUGGAUGGGCAUGGAGAGGCCCAAAAUGACCCACGCUUGGGGAGGGCAGCACAAAGAUCUAAAUCUGCAUUGUGUUGUGCAAAUGAACGUGCGGUUGAUUGUGAGUCUGGUAUGAGAGAGAUGAGGGCUUCAUCAGGAGUGUUGAAUAUCCUUUUGUGUGUGCUUCUUCUGCUUGAGUCAUAGACAAAAUGUUGAAGGUGGCUUUGUUGCCUACAGGAAAAAUAAAGCCUUAGAUGCUGUGGGAUUUGAUGGGAACCUUUCAAAGAUGAGCUGGAGAGCUACACAAUGGUUUGCCAAGUUCACCUCCGAAGUGUUGUUGGUUUUGUGAAUGGUAGAUCACAAUGGUAAUUACAAGCCCGAAUGUGGAGACUCUGCAUGGCUCAUGGUCUUGAAGGUUGGAAACCUAGUGGGAAGCUUCACAGAGAGCUUCAUAAUUUUGCUGGCAUUGACUGAUUUGCUGCAAGGGUGAUAUAGAUGUCCUACAGGAUCAUCUGCAGGGAUUCUUCGCUGGCGGCAACAACUUUUUGUUUUUUAAUUAUUGUUUUUUGAGAAACAGAAGGUUUUAGCCCACCUCUCCCCUUUAUAAAAUUUGAGUGCAUGACCUUCUCCCCAAGUUGUGUUUGGUGAGAGAGAUACGGGUUUUUAUAUAUAAAAGAUAUUAAUAUCUAUUCAACACAGACUUCUCCCCUUUUAACAGUUUCUUUGGAUUUUCACCCCAUUUCCUGGUCUCUGUAAUAUAGAAAUUAUAUAAAAAUUAUAAAUAUAAAUAUAUAUAUAUCUAUAUAGAUAGAUUUGUUUUAUCUUCCCUUCGGAAAGUUCCUGUCUGCUGGUUGUUGUCUAUCUUGUUCCUGUGUCUUCUACUGUCUUGACCUCUCGGCUAAUGCUCUUGUUUGGUCUUUGUCUUUAUUAAUGUUACUUUUUUUGUCAUCUGUCUUCUAAAAUUACAAGUUCUUUCAUUGCUGAUAAUCUACUUGCUAGGACCACCCCUUCCAUUCCAGUCCACAUUGUUAUCCUUAUUCUGAAUAUGCAGUCAGACCUCAUGGGGUCGUUACCAAUGCUAACCCAAAAUUACUUGGUGUUUCCUACCAUAAUCCAACACCAUGUCUUUUCAGUCUGGCCAUUCCCCUGCUUCUUAUCAUAUCCGAAACCUUUGGCUCAUUCACCCCAAUAUUGACCCACCACCUCUUGGCUAACACUUCACUGAACUCUUGUUUACUGUUAUCCUCUUUUUUCUUUCAUGUAGUGUUCCAUUCCUUCCCUUUGCUCAACUACUCUCCUUUGUUGACUAAUCUUUAACCUCCCCCUUUGUCCUAUAUUGACCAGCCUUUUACCAACGUUUUCUUAUUACUUUAUUUUUUUUCCCGCCUCUCUCCUGGUCCCAUUCUCCACACCUUCUCCUUUCCUUAUAUAGACCUCAUCCUCCUCUAUCCUCCACACCUUCUCAGACCCUUCUCCUUUCCUUAUAUAGACCUCUUCCUCAUCUAUUCUCCACACCUUCUCAGACCCUUCUCCUUUCCUUAUAUAGACCUCUUCCUCAUCUAUUCUCCACACCUUCUCAAACCCUUCUCCUUUCCUUAUAUAGACCUCAUCCUCCUCUAUUCUCCAUUCACCACUUCCGCUGUCCUUUAAUGGGUAGCCCCUCCAUUUCUCCUCUUUUACUGACCAGUUCUUGAUUUCCUUCUUCUUUCCUUUUUUUACUGACAACCUAACUCCAUUUUACAAAUUUUUCUUUAACCAUAAUCACUUCUUUUUAUGGACAUUUCCUAUAGACUUUCUUGUUUGUGCUAUUCCCCUGCAUAACUGCAACGUCCCCUGUUCUCCUGUCCUAAUGUUUCCUUUUAACCUAACCCUAUACUCCUCUCCCUAUAUUGACCAACUCGUCGUCCUGGUCUACUCAUCUUUCCUCCAGCCUUUCUUUCCUUUUUUUAAGCUUCUUCCACUUAUCGAAGCCUCUCCUCCUUUUUGCCGUUUACAAUUCUUUUUCCCUUUCUCUUCAUGUUCUCCCUCUUCUGCCUCCAAUCCUUGAGCGCCCCCCCUCCCCAAUUUCUAUUCCCCUUCCCUACUUUAAAUCACUCAUUUGCUGCCCCUGUUAUAACUUACCGGGGUGUUUAAGAAAUAAUGUAAUAUGGGAAUUCACUCUCUCACACACAAUUUUCAUAUUUCCCCCUCCUCCCCCCCAUUUGUAUCUACUCCGAGAGCUAGCUAGUUAUUCCUACAUUACAUGUCACAUUGUGUCCAUUUAUUUAUUUCAGCAUUCAAACUCACUGUGGUAUUUAUUUACACCCAAACACGUGUGACUAUAUAUGUACAUUAUAUGUAAUGACCUACUUCACUUUCAUAUACACUCUACCCAUACUACCAUACCUACUAACAUUUCAGUCGUUUUGACGAUCUUCAAGUCAUUAAAUACAAUAAACCUUUUUUGGUUUUCUGUGCCGACAUCUUUUCUGAAUGUCGCACGCUGUCUGCAAUUCUGCGUAAAGUGCGUGAAAUGCACGCCCAGUGUGGAAGAACGAGUCCAGGACAGAAAAAAAUAUAUAUAUAUCUCAAGUUGAAAUCCUCUAAGGAAAAAAAACCAAUAUGCAUAAACAGUAUUAAAUAAAUGUGUAAAAUGGAACGUAUUAACCCAUUAGUAAAAAAAACCAAAAACCUAAGGCAAAUGCCAGAACAGCAGACUGUUAAAGAGUCCAGAACUUGCUUGUCUCUGGAACUCUGAUUAUUGAAGAGUAUGCAAUACACUAAAAUCCCUGUUUGUGGAUACACAAUAGAUAUAUAUAAAGAGAGAGCGUUUAGAGUUUUAUGACACAGACAUGCCUUUGUACACACACACACACACACACACACACACACAGUAUUCACAAAGCCUAAAGAGUACGUGCAGGGCCUGUACCCAUAAAGAUGUCCAUAGAUUUAUAUACUGUACAGCUAGGUGAGGAAGAUUGGACGUUCUAGGUCACAGCCAGAAGGUUUUAUAGAAAUCUAAGCUUACUUUAUAACCACUACAUGUUUACCGAUCCAUAUAUGUGUACGUGAUUUUCCUGCCGUCAGAUGAUCGAUGUUCUUUAAUGGCAAUAUGCCCGCGUUCUCGUAUCAUCCAAUUGGGUGUUGUCGCCAAUCGGCAAUUAAGCUGCCUAUUGGUCACUUUUAUUACAUAUAUAUAUAUAUAUCUAUUGUCUAAAACCAUAUAAGAGACCUCAUAAGGGGGGAAAAUCCAUCAACCCAAAAAUUACCUUGAAUUAACCUUUUUACUGAUUUAUUUAUUAUGUUCUGCAGGUUUUUUUUUAAAAAAUAUUCUUUUCCUAAAAAUUAAACUUUUUUUUUUUUUUGUAAUUUUAAUUUUUUUUUGUGUAUAGUUUUUAUGUUUUGUUAGGGUAAAUAUUUCCCUUCUUUGGUGCUAUGUUUCCUACAAUUUUGUAAAUUGUUUUAAAAUGGUGGAAGGGUAGAUAAUUUUAACAGAGGGGGUGGUAUUACUUUUCUUUGGUUUUCGCCCUGAGGGGUAGUGGGGAUUGCAGGGGACAUUGUUGUGUAAUUACAGAUCUCUUACGGCAAGUUGUCAGAAGGGGUGUUUUUUUAAAAGCGUACAGGAACUGGGUGACUGACAGGUAAUGGGAUAAAGGACUGAUGCUCUGCUGGACUCUGGCAAGAGAGGGGUUAAAGGUGCUGCGUGCCGCUGCUGAGGUCCUACUCAGAGCAGUGCCACUUCACACUUCUCCGGUGCUAAGGACCCUCUUAACUGCCCUGGAGCACAGAGCAUCACAACUCUCCAAAAAUGUUCAGCUGGUGCUAAUUACUCAACCAUUGGGGUUAUGCCCUUCUUCGUAUGUUGUCACUGCCCGGUGGGGACUGUUAAGUGCAUUGCGCAGGUGGAACUGCUACAACUAUGCACAUCCCAUAUCUCGAUGUGUCUGGUUCAGAAGAACUGAGCGAAACAUUCCUUCUUGACCCGUUUUAUGGACCUUGAUACAAGAACUUCUAGAAUUCCAGGACACUUGUUUGUUUUGAAGGGCAGUCACAAGUGUUGAGUGAGAUGGCUCGCUCUUCUUGCUACAAGCUCACUCAAUACAGAUGGUCGAACUCAUUGGAGAGUAUCCCAUGAUGCAAUUGGUUAAAAAAAGAAAAAAUUAUGAAAAUCUCAUUAGCCAGACCCAAACCUCACGCCCCUUUUAAUACCUCUCACCUUUAUCAUCUUUAUCAUGGAGGCACACAUGGCAUUCUUACCCCAGCAGUAAGCAGGCAGGGGGGUAACCUGCUCCCUCCAUUUUUAAACUUCAGAUUGUACUUACUUUCCUCACUCCCAUCACACAAACUCAAAACUUCUUCUUAUUUUUAACUGAGCCAGCGACUUUUUGCCUUUUUUGUGAAUUUGUGAUAUUAAUAAAUCUGAAAAAAAUAAAGAUUUUGAUAAAAAAAAGAA